AUGGCCACCAACGAUUUUCGCAAUGACGGGUACUCAUUCCCCCCCCUCAAGUAUAUAAAGUUCUCGUCAGACUCGUUCUAUCCACCAAUCGACAAACCCCCCUCUGGCCCCCUUAUCUUCAACAACACAAAUCCAUCGACAUACUCUACCCAUCCCGACGAACACACUCCAACCACCCCCACUAAAACAAGACCACGACCAACCCGCCAAAAAUCCACUCAACCCACUCCCAAACACUCUAGAUCUCCAACAGAAUCCAAGCGCUCCAGCGUCAGUGCCACCCAAAGCCAAGGCCCAAACUCCCGUCACAGACGCGAACGCGAACGUGCCCUGGCGGAUAUACCAACCGAAACUCUUAUCCAGCUAGUCAUCAAUGAAGAGCUUGAAGCUCAAGAGACGAGAAAGGUCUUGAGCACCACCUUUGCCCAGCUAGAGGCCUCGACGCGCAAGGCUGAGCAGGCUGAAGCGAGGGGGCGCAUGUUGGAGGAUGAAAGGGAGGCGCAGGCGUUGAAGAUCACUCAGGCCAUUUUAGACGCCCAGAGGGAGUCGGCGAAAGCCAAGGAGGACGUAGCGGUUUACCAGUUGAAACUCGCUCACGCAGAGCAGGAGAUUCAACGUGCUAAAGAAGUAGUCCACGCCGUCGAAAACGAGCGUGACGAUGCCGAACGGGCAGCAGUCAAAGCGCGCAGAGUGGCACGAGAACUAAAAGAACGCACCGUCGUCCAACUCGCACGCGAAGAAGGUCGAAGGGCCGGUUUUGAAGAAGGCAUCCGACAAGGCCGACUCCUCGCCACCGUCGAGAUCGUCGAACAGGCCAAACCUAUCCCUCCAAGGUUACUGGGAGACGGCACGGCGUUCAUCGAAGAAGCCGCUACGGAGGAACAGGGGAGGUCUCCUGAUUCCGAAACUCAUCAAUCACACUCGAGAAGGAAAAAUGGGGGUAGAAGCGCACGCGCUACGCCACGGACUCAACGUCGGUCCUUGGAUACGAGCAUGACUACUUCUCGUAGUCGGAGCAGCGCACCUACGAGUCCUACUUCCAUAGAAGCCGAAUCAUCCGCAGCUGCACUGCGUGCAAUUGAGGAAAGGGAACGGAAGACGGUGCAGAUGCGCUUGAGGAUGCUUGAACGGGACUUGGAGCACGAGAAAGAAAAAGCGGCCCAGGUUGAAAGGGAACGGGAAACAGAGCGGCGACGCGAAGCUGAGAGACUGCGAGAGCUCGAACGAGAGAAGGAUAGAGUCCGGGAAAGGGAGCAUGCUAGGCUGCGAGAGUUGGAAGCGGAGAGGGAGCGGGAGAGGGAGGCAGCUGCUAGGGAACGAGAGAGGGAACGGAGGCUUCGAGAGAAGGAACGGGAAAGCGAGGAGCGGGCGAGGGAGAAUGAGUUGAAGGGUAUCGAGCGGCAGAAGCGGGAGCUUGAGAGGGAAAGGGAGGAGAGGGAGAGGGAGAAGGAGAGGUUGAAGGAAACUGAACGAGCACUUCAGCGGGAGCGGGAGAGGGAUAAAGAGUUGGAUAGGGAGCGGGAGAGGGAGUUGGAGAGGGAACGAUUGAGGUUGCGUGCUCUGGCUAUGUCUGUAGAGGAGCAGGAUUCAGAUGGGGAUGAGGGGGCGCAGACACCCAGAGCGGCGCCUUCGAACCAGCUGCAGUACCUUGCUAUGCCACCACCGCCCGUGAUCGUCAUGCCAGCAACAGACACACCCAUGCCCGUCCCCAUGUCCUUCCCCUCCAUCUCUGGCUCUACACGACAUUACCCCUUCCAACAACAACGCACCACCUCCUCUGGGUCUUCCUCUCAAGACCAUAGGAAUCCACGCAGAAGACGUACCUCUGACUCGGGCUCGUCUUCUUCUGAUAUGACCCAGUUUGAUAUAUUGACGUUCCCUAACCCUCGUGAGGAGAGAGAGAGGGAGAGGAAGUUGAGUGCUAUCCCUGAAGUGGCUAGUUCGAGGGGGGAUAGUCCUAAUACGAACAUGAGCAUGGACGCGGAUGAGCCGACGUGGGUGAGGAAUCCGCCUGUUGAUCAUGCCAAGGUUCAAGGGCAUGGUACUGGUGUGGAUGGUUGGAGGUCGGGUGUUGCUGGUGGUUCGCAUUACCAGCCUGCAUACCAACCUGAUGAUGCCAGAAAUAGAGGCCAGUUCGAUCAGAGCUUACUCACGCCUACCUCGAAUUUGACGAGGAGGUCGUCGAGUAGUAGUUCACAGUACGAUAUCAACGUAGAGCCACCUUCCCCAGAAGUAAACCGCCCCUCAUCCCGCGCAAGCUUCCACGAACCAGAAAUAAGCCAAAACCUAAACUUCCUCUCACCAAACCACCGACCUGCGCCCCUCCCCACCUCCUCAGGCCGCCAACAGACGCGUAAAAGUGGUGAUAUCCCUACUGUGCCUAAUUCCCCGGUCUUGGAUGCGAGUGGUUUACCGCCCGGAUUCGUGCCUCAGAGCUUUACCAGUCCCAGUCCAGCUGCUGGUGGAGGAGGAGGGGGUAUGACGCCGAUAUAUGGUUCUUCUCGUCCAUCGUCCACUGCUCCUGGCCCUGGUCCGAAACCGUCCAUCUAUGCCAAUCCCACCCGUGAGAGUGCGGAUGAAGGACAAGGACAAGGCUUUGUCGCUCCUGCUCCUCCUGCGUUUUCGUUUACGCCUAGGUCAACACAGAAUUUCUUGCCUGUUAUUCCUGAUGCCCCUUCUUCUGCUGCUGCGGGCCCAAGGGGUCCUUUGGGUCCUGGGAUGACGCCUAGGGCUGGAACGAAUGGUCUUCCAGGGGGAUCUGGUUCUGGAAUUUACGGUCGACCUAAUACAGAGGGGUCGUACGAGACUCCCAGACGGGAGGGUAACGGGGCGUUACCAGGAGGAGGAGCAGGCGUGUAUGGUCGACCUUCUGAAGGGCAGACAUACGACCCAAAGCCAAGUAGCGCCUAUUCCUCGAGCUCAGCCGCAAAGUCAUACAUGUCCCACAUGCCUGAUCCCGUUAUACCCUCCGCUGAGGCGUUACGCGGGACGCCUAGGCAGAGGGCCGUGGUGCCCAGUAUGACGCCUAGAGCUGCUGGUAAUAACCCUCUUCCUGGAACUGGUUCAGGUAUAUAUGGACGACCAUCAGAGGGACAGACGUACGAUGCGGGGAGCGCAACGCCUAGGUCGACGUUCCCAGGUGGACUGACGCCUCUUUCGGGCACGCAAGGUUUGCCAGGGAUCUAUGGAAACCCAUUAAAUUCAGAGGCCCAGACGCCCCGGACUGCUUCUCAAGGAUUACCCGGCGGGAUCUACGGACGCCCGAACGAGGGUGGUGGUGGUGGUGCGACUCCAAGGCAGGGUAUGACGCCCCAUUCUUCUACGCAUGGGUUACCGCCCGUUAGUGGGAUAUACGGCCGCCCAACGACGGAUCCGAGCGCGACGCCUCGGCAGGGGAUGACGCCUUUGCUUGGCCAUGGUGGGUCUGGGUUCCCUGAAGCGAGUGUGCCCAACGGUGAUGAUGCAGGGUGGGGAGGGAAUGGGGGGGGUGAUGAUGGGUUUGAUGCGGCUACGCACCAGAAUACGUUCCUCAAUUCUGGGGUGGGUUCGUCUAGCUCUGGGGCGGAUAAUAAACCUGCGGCUGGGAAGACAAAGACGAAGAAGAAGAAGCGGUAGGGAGGGAUUUGAUGCGCUCAAGAAAGUUGAUCUAUGUGACUCUUUUUAUUUUUAUGAUUUUUCUUUUGUGGUUUUAGUGAUUACCACCCUUUUUGGUUUUCUUUGUGGAUGGAAUGUAAUGUUGUGGAAUUCUUAGCUAUACCCCCCUUUGUUUUCAGUAGUAUCUUGUAGAGAAUGAGAUCCUUAGUUACUAACUCG